AUGGGGCCCAGCAAUCUGCGUUUAACUUGCCCUUUGGGUGAUUCUGAUGUAUUAUCACUGACAGAGAAACGAGAUUAUAAAUUUCCUAAAGGAACUUUUAAAGUCCAGUCAAGACCUGGAGGGGGGCGACCAGACCAGCAAAGCAGGAGGUUCAACUACCGCCCGGGUCGGGUGGGUUCCAGGGCCCCUGACCCGUCCGCGACCCGCUCCCGCACACACGCCCCCAGCCGCCCCAGUUCCCCUCCACCGCCCCCGCCCCCGGCUUCUCGGCCAACCUCCCUCCGCCCCGCGGCCGCGCCGGACGCCCAGCAGGAGUCAGGUCGGCGGCCGGGGGCGCGGUGGGCCCCUCCCGCGGCCGCGCGUGCCGGCCGCGGCCCCCCUUCUGCCCGACCAGCCCCUUUGUCCGCCCCGAGGGCGGCACCUUCCCGCCCGCCGGGUGUGCGAACCCUUGGGGGGUGGGAUAGGAGGAGGGACCGGGGAGGGAAGGAGGAGGAGCGGGGCGGGCGGCUGAGUGCAGGGGUGGUGAGUUGCCGCCACCGCACAUCCGACUACCGUCCCGCCCGGCCUGCGGAAUGGGGCUUUUGUGGCUUGUCCGAGAGUGCCCGCGAAACAACCGCCCCGGGGCGGGGUGGUGCCUCCCCCUUGGCGGGAGCCGUCUUGGCCUUCCAGGCCCGGAAGCCGCUGCGGCCAGCGGCGUCCGAGACGGGCCGAGCGUGGAGCGGGCGGCUGCGCUUGGCGGGAGAACGCGGCUAA